UUAUAAAUUGACAAGUAUUGUAAACCGAGAAGAAAAACAAUUCAAAUAAUUACGAAAUCGGCCAAUUAUUAAUAUUUAAUGAAUAUUAGAAAAUACGGCAGAAACAAUAUUUAUGUCUAUAAUAUUUUACCAACGAAAUCCACAUUAAAAUUUAGGUUAUGUGUUGUAUCAUGGAAUGAUUCAAGGUGAAUAAGAUGAUUUGAGAUCUUGAAACUGUAAUAUCACGUUCUGCCUUAUAUGGAUUAAAGGGUUUAUUAAUCCUUCCUGAUUUUUACGCUCAGUUUAAACUGCGGUCUAGCUAUGGGCGACCGUGACAAAAGUGAUUCAAGCUCUCAAGAUGAGAACUCUGAGAAAAACAUAACGAUUCCACCAAGAACAGCUCCAGCUGGCCCAAGCUACUUUGCCAGUGAGCCCCUACAGUUCCGAAUUCGUGGGACAAGUAUAACAGGAGCUUCACCUCCUCACUUUGUAACAUUGGAGGAUAUCAUGAAAGCAGCCCAUGGCAUGAGGAAUAUGGCUUUGGCUCAUGAGAUAGCUGUUGAUCAGGACUUUAAGCUGGAGCCAUUUGAAGCACCUGAUAACAGCUAUCAAAAGCUAGUAAAAGAAACAAUGCAUCGGGCAUAUUUUGACAUAUUAAGAGAACAAUUGAACUCUGAUCCGCCGGUGUAUAAACAAGCACUAGUGUUAUUGGAAGAUGUGAAACAGGGAUUAUUCUCAAUACUUCUACCGCGUCAUACAAGGAUUAAGGAAAUGAUAGAAGAAGUCCUUGAUAGAGAUUUUAUCAAGCAGCAAGCAGAGAACAACAGUUUAGACUUCCAGAAGUAUGCAAAGUUUGUUAUAGACCUGAUGGCAAAGCUGGCUGCUCCAGCAAGGGAUGAAAUGAUACAGAACAUAACUCAACUUACUGAUACUGUCGACAUAUUCCGUGCUAUUUUGGAGACACUAGAAGUUCUCAAGUUGGAUUUGGCUAACACAUUAAUAGCCAUGAUAAGACCACAUGUGCAGAAAGAAAGUGUUCAAUAUGAAAGAAAUAAAUUUGAUGAAAUGCUCAAGCUCUCUGAGGAUGGACUUCAAUACACCAGUGAAUGGUUGCAACGACACAUCGAGAAGACAGGGCUUACUCUCCCGGUCACAGACACAAAUAUCAUAAGAAACGUCACAGCCCAAACACUGGCCAAAGCGUACUUGGAGUUACUUGAGUGGGAUGAAUCGAAAGGAUAUCCAGAGACAAUACAACUUGACAAGCCCCGCUUUGUUGAGCUGGGAUUUCAAGUUUAUCGGCUUGUUUGUGUUGCGUCAAUACUGCUUGUCAGUCCGUCGUGUGGUAACGAUCCUAACGCGAACCAUAAACAACGACUUAAAGACAAGAUUGACAUUAUCAUAGACAAUGCAUCUAAUGACAUAGAAUUUAAGGAGGUACUACCUUCCAUAGCCGAAGAAGUUAUACAAAUGACGGAACAGUUGUUAGAAAGUAUGAAUCAAGAGCCUCUAACUGGAGAAACUAAAGAUCUUAUACGCACACAGAUUAUAUCACUUGGCGAUCCAGAACAUAGAGUGAGGCAGAUUGUUCGCCAAAGGGUGCUUGAGUUCCUAAAAGUGAUCCUUGUAUGUUCUGGUGGGUCCAGGCAGAUACCGGUUGGACUAUCAGCAUUUACUAAAGAACUGACCUCGGUAUCAGGCACCUUACUACGUUAUGUUAUGCAUAAUAAGGCAGUAUUCACACAACACUAUAUGGAUAUGAUCGCUAAGGAACUCAGUAACUGACCUUCAUAAUAUAACAUCCACGAUUUACAUCACACAAAACUAUGCAGUGUUGUAUAGAUAUCUUUGUAAAACAAAUAUUCUACAUUUAUUUCUUUACAUCUCAUAUAUUUAAAAAUUAAGCAUCAUUUUCGUUUAGAAAGAUAUCAAAUGUUCAAAUAUAGUAAUAAUAAUAAAAUAUAAAUAUUAUUACCAUCAAACUUUUAAGUGAAAAUCUGAUGAAUAAUUUUAUCGAUGCAAUGUGUAAACUGAUUAACAAAAUUUUACUAAGUAAAUUAACUAAUUACUUUACUAAUUAUAAGGCAGAAUUUUAUAAUAAUUUUGAUGUAUCAAUUUGACACAUGGAAUAGAUAAGGUUAAAUAAUUUUAACACAAUUAUGAUUUUAGACCCAUAUACUAAAUAGUGGAUACAUAACAUUCAUAUGGUAUUUACAAAUAUAUUCCUCAGCAUGAAUAAUACGUACGAUUUGUCAAAAAAAAAUUAACGCGAAGGAAAUAAAAAACCUUUGCUAUGAACUAGUAUGUUUCUAUAACAUUGUGUGGCUAACUUGGCGAGUAGAAUACUUAACCAAGCUAUUAAAAUAUGUGGUUGUCAAAGGCCACUAUUAUUCGCAAUUCUUUGUCAAAUUUUAGCAUAGCUUGUAACAGCUGUUUGAAACAAUUCUAAAAGUGUAAUAAAUCCGCCUUCUAAAAAUACUCCAUUUGAAAUAUUGUAUUCGUUUAUAUUUGUGAAAUGUUGUCUAUGUAUAAACACAAUCUGCGGCAAUUUGUUUCUAUGAACUAAAACAUUAAGUUUACAAAUACCGUCUCACGAAGGAAGUCCAAUACUCGCAUAUAAUUAAAUAUUUUAUUAAAAAACAAGCUACUUUUAAUAGACAAUACCAAAUUAACAUUUAUGAUUAAAAAUGCAUUUAAAUUUUUAGGAAUUUUUAAAUUUAUUGUGUGAUUUUUUAUUUUUACAAUCGGAUAUGUCCAAUAUAUUUAUAGAAUAACAUUAUAAUAUCAAAUGCACUAAUAAAAUUGCUAUGAAUA